AGAGACGUCAGGAAAGAUGGCGUUUGUUUAGGCCAGUCCGAUCACCUCCCCGAUUCAGUGCGUUUAAUCCAGGGUCUGGCGACGAGCGGCAGAAAAACUCACACGGAUCAAGGCUUCGCCUAAAAGAGUGAAUGAACUGGAUUUUUUUUUUUUUUUUAUUGAAGAAGGCAGCUCCUGUCAUAAUAAUUAUUUUAGCUUUAACAAAACCAAACAGGGGGCGGGUUUGGUUAUAUAUUAUUGUUAUUACUUUGGCCAGGUGUUUGUAGCUGUUCCCAGUUGCCAUCUGUCCAGGGUUGUCACAUAUACAGAGUUGUUACUUUCUGGCUGAUAUUAUUAUUAUAAGUAUUGUCUAUUACCACACACUGACGCUGUGUUUUUGUUGGUACUGGUUUUUGACGAGUCUCAAUGUCGGACAAUCAGAGUUGGAAUUCUUCGGGUUCCGAGGAAGAUGUCGAAACGGAGUCCGGGGCGCCUGUUGAGCUUUGCGGGGUCCUCAGUAAGUGGACCAACUAUAUCCAUGGAUGGCAGGACCGUUGGGUGGUUUUAAAAAAUAACACCUUGAGUUACUACAAGUCUGAGGAUGAGAGGGAGUUUGGCUGCAGGGGGUCGCUUUGUCUCAGCAAAGCCCUCAUCACGCCCCAUGAGUUUGAUGAGUGUCGGAUUGAUAUCAGUGUCAAUGACAGUGUUUGGUACCUACGUGCUCAAGAUCCAGAGCACAGGCACCAAUGGAUAGACUCUAUUGAACAACACAAGGCAGAGUCUGGCUAUGGCUCGGAGUCAAGCUUACGACGCCAGGGAUCCAUGUUGUCUCUCACGUCUGCAGCAAGUAAUUACUCUGCCACGUCCACAUCAUCCUUUAAAAAGGGGCACAGUUUGCGUGAAAAGCUUGCUGAAAUGGAGACGUUCCGAGAUAUUCUUUGCAGACAGGUUGACACUCUACAGAAGUACUUUGAUGCCUGUUCUGAUGCCGUUUCCAAAGAUGAGCUCCAGAGAGACAAAGUGGUGGAAGAUGAUGAAGAAGACUUUCCUACAACCCGAUCUGAUGGGGAAUUUCUGCACAAUAAUAACGGCAGCAAAGAGAAAUUAUUCCCAUGUGUAACACCCAAAGAAAUCAAUGGCAUUGACUUUAAAGGGGAAGCUAUAACUUUUAAGGCUACCACUGCUGGUAUACUAUCAACACUGUCAUACUGCAUCGACCUCAUGGUGAAACGUGAAGACAGCUGGCAAAAAAGACAUGAUAAGGAAAUGGAAAAGAGAAGGCGAAUAGAGGAUGGGUACAAGAUUGCACUGAAUGAAUUUAAGAAGAAAUCUCACUUUGGCGGCCCUGAUUAUGAGGAAGGUCCAAACAGCCUUAUUAAUGAAGAUGAGUUCUUUGACGCAGUGGAAGCUGCUCUUGACAGACAAGACAAAAUUGAGGAGCAGUCUCAGUCUGAGAAGGCCAGGAUACACCGGCCCAGCGUAGUGCCUUCUGGGGAUGCCUAUACGACAGCUGGCACAUACAGAUUUGCCCAGCAGCCCUAUAGUCGCUCUCCCUCCAUGUCUUCCAUUGAUCUAGUCAGUGCCUCUGAUGUUCACAGAUUCAGCACCCAGGUAGAGGAAAUGGUUAAGAAUCACAUGACCUACUCUUUACAGGAUGAUGGUGGGGAUGCCAACUGGCAGCUGGUGGUAGAAGAGGGAGAAAUGAAGGUGUACAGGAGAGAGGUGGAAGAAAAUGGGAUUGUGUUGGACCCUCUAAAAGCAACCCAUGUCGUCAAAGGGGUCACCGGGCAUGAAGUCUGCCAUUAUUUUUGGAAUGUUGAUUUCCGUAAUGAUUGGGAAACAACUGUUGAAAACUUUAAAUUGGUAGAAAGAUUGUCAGACAACGCAGUCAUCAUCUAUCAGACACACAAGAGGGUUUGGCCUGCCUCUCAAAGAGAUGUGCUCUAUUUAUCAGCAAUCCGGAAAAUUAUUUCUAACAAUGAAAACGACCCUGACACGUGGACUGUCUGCAAUUUCUCUGUAGAUCAUGAAAAUGCCCCCCUCACCAACAGAUGUGUGCGUGCCAAAAUCAACAUUGCACUGAUUUGUCAAACACUGGUGAGUCCACCAGAGGGCGACAAAGAAAUCAGUAGAGACAACAUCUUGUGCAAGAUUACCUAUGUUGCAAAUGUGAAUCCUGGUGGCUGGGCACCUGCAUCAGUCCUCAGAGCUGUGGCAAAGAGAGAGUAUCCCAAAUUCCUAAAGCGUUUUACAUCAUACGUCCAGGAGAAAACUGCUGGAAAGCCUAUUCUUUUCUAAUGUUUGGAGUGUUUUGCCAAGUCUCUUGUGUGCUUUGCUCCAGUGAUUGAAACAGGCUCUGUUCACAUUCCAUACCUGGAGGAAUCCGCUGCAGCUGAAGCGCCUGCAGGAACCUCAGGUCUGCAGUUGUAAUGAAGACCAUUCAGCAGCGAUCGCGCCUUCAAGCUAGUAAUGUCAGGAACACAGCAGCCUUGUGACCAACUAUAUACAACACUAGUACUCUGCUAACUUCUCUUUUGCAUCAGUGUGUUAUACUAAAUACAUCUGUAUGGCUGGCAUUUAUGUUGCUCUUGUGGGGAAGAUACACAAACAUUUGAUUUUACAAACUGUGGUUUAAUGGCUUUAAUUAAUAAAUGACUUGCACAGAUGUUGCUAUAGACCUGCAAUAAUAGCCAAAAAUAUUGUUUUACAAAAAAUGAUUAUAGUAAGUUUAUAUUGUCAUGUUGGAGGUCUGAAGUAAGUGGUGGUUGUUGUUCCUCUUUUGGUCUUGCUUUUUGUAAACGUCCAAAUAUGUUUGUUUGUUUUUACUUGCUAUGUAUAAUCACUGAUCUUCAUGCUGCUAAUUGUUUCUAAAAUGGGUCUCCGUGUUUCUUAAACAGUUGUCUUGUUUGUAAUACCUGUUGAGGGCUGUGAGUGACCUCGGACCUUGCCUUUUCACUCUGUGGCUCUCCUAUGAAGAACGCUAGUUCUGAUGGACUAAGAGUUUGAAAAGCUUGAUUUCUAUUUGUUCUCCUUUUUCAGAUCUCUAUAUUUCUACUGUAUUUUUAGUUGUAUCUGUGUUAUACAAAUGUGUUGGGAUUUAAAACAAAAAAAAUGUAAGUUAAAAAUAUCAGCUGGCAGGAGGGAUGGCUUGAAUCUAAUUGGUGAACGAUGAUGGUGCAAGUCAUGCAGUGCAGCCGCAGACCUGUAUUAUAAGGGAGCUCCAUCUUUUAAGUUGAGCAGUAAUUAGUUUGGCUUUGAUAAAAAACCUCCCAAGUCUAAAACUAAUUGAUGUAAUUACAUUAUUUAGUCCUAGUAGAUUACAUUUUAUUCAUUGGGAAAUAAUGGGGAAUUAGCACCUUUUAUUCUAAACGCAUAACCCCCACCCCCCACCCCUUCCUUAUGCCAGUACAUCUAUGAUUAAUUAGUCAGCUGCAUUGUACAGAAUUGAUGAAGAUUUUUAAAAGUUCCCUUAGUUUGCUGUGUUGCAAGAUCCACAUCCAGCUUUGUCUAGUGGCAUAUAACUUUGUUAAAAAUUUGAAGAAAUUCUACUUUUUAUUUUCGUGCUUUGUCUAGUGGCAUAUAACUUUGUUAAAAAUUUGAAGAAAUUCUACUUUUUUUUUCGUGCACCACUAAUUCAGAGAAGUGUCUCCAUCUUAAUAUUAGCAGGGCAUGUGUUUUUAUCAACGGGACUGCUGCCAAAACAGGAAAAACAAACUUUGUAAGAUAGGAUUAACAUAUUGUACAAAUGUACAUUUAUACUUUGCAUCUCAGACAAACAUUUCACUAGCUAUUUUAUAUCUGACUGGUUAUUUUAUAAUAGAGGGUUUUUUUUUUGGGGGGGGGGGGGGGUGCAAUAAACAAGAACAGCCCAAUGGACAUACUGUUUCUUCUGCAUAGCUAGUAACGAUUGGAUCCUAAACUCCAACAAAAAAAAAGUGGAAUGUUAAACCUAGUAAUACCUGUCGGGUCAGGCAAGAGGAUUGUUCCAAAACCAAUCAUUUAGGUUGUUUUGCUCUUAAAUAAAGAUGUAAAAAUGUUUGGGAAGUGUACAGGGAAUGUGUAUAUCUGAUAGUGUUAUAAUUAGUUGCAAUUGCACUAAAUGUGAUGUCAUUUUGAAAUGUUCUGUAAAUAAAAUGAUUACACUAAAGAAGCCGUUUGUAAUAAAUAAACCAUACUGUUUAAAUGUAUGACAGUCCAGUGGCUCCAGUGAGGUCAGCCUUGGCCAGUGCAGUGCAACCAGUAAACCGAUAUAUAUUCCCCCCCCCCCCCCCCCCCCCCCUCUACUUGGUAAGGCAUUGAUAGACUAGAAAACAGCACCAGAGCAAGACUGUCAGUCCACAUGGAGAAUACAUAUAAAUGGGGUAUUCCUCUGAUUAUUGAUACUGUCUCCAUUCUGGAUUUGAUUCUCCAAUAUUACACAUGCACUGGCCAGUUCUCAAGAAUACUUUCACCAAUCGUAAACUCAUCAGUCUGAGCUGAUUUAUUUGACAGUGGGUUGCUGAUAUCCUGUAAUCUGGUACAGCUGACCAGUAAAGUUUAUUCACCAAAUGUGUACAGUGAUUUGCCUUUCUCUUCCCACACAUUUGAGAUGAAAUGUUGCUUGAAGUACUUUUGGCAGUGUAUAGUGUACUGUUGUGUUACAGACUAUAAGCCUAGUUAAACUCUACAUAGAAAUGCUGUUGGCUCUUGUGACAAUGGUAUGGAUCUGUACAACUUAUGUAUAAAAGAAAUAUGAUUGAGAACAAAAAAGAAAAUCUGUUUACAAAGAGUUUGCCUCUUCCACAUUAUUGUCUCAAAUUAAAAUCCAGUAUUUAAAGGGGAAGGCUAUAAAAUAAUACUUUGUGUUUUGUUUGUGCUGAUUACUAACGGAGCACUAGUACAGUAGUGCUACUGCUAAUAUCAAUUAACUGAUAAGAUGGAUAAAACAGACCUAACUUGUGUUUUACAAUAAAAAAAAAAUGCAUUUCUUAACACCAUAGGGGUUGGGGUACUGUGAUUAGGGGCUAUGCAGAUUAACUGAACAGCAUGACCUAAAAGCUUUCCAGCGUGUGUUUUGUAUCAAUAAUGGAUCAGAUCAGAAAGAGAUUCUUUUCACCCGCCACUCUGUCUGUUUGCAGCUUUAUAAAACCCAUUCUGUGAUUGCUUGGUAAAGAAAAUGUGCAGUGACAGGGUGUUGUGUAGAAGUGAGCUGCUGUCUGCUUUGAAUCUUAACUGGGUUUGGUUCUUUGCUGGUGAGAUGUGAUGAAGUGAAAGGAGAUUGGCUGCUCUCACUCUUGUGAGAGGAGCCCAUUAUGAUGUCAUGUAAGGAGGGUUUCUCAAACAUCUGAACCUGUAUUUCAAUUGGAUCACAGACAGUACAAACACCCAACACAAUUGAUACCAUAGAAAAGCUUUUUCAUAUUGAAAUGACAGGGUUGAAAAGGUGCAGGCCGAAUAUGUUUGUUUUUUUACCGUUUCUUUGGGAUUAAAAACUUCAUUGUCACAAAAUCCUGAAAUAAAUAAACAGAUCAUCUAUUACAAAAACAAA